CAAGCUCAAAAGGUUCGCCAUCACUGGGAUAGAGAGUGGGCCUGAUGACUGAAGGGUCCCAGGUUCAAUUGUGGUCAAGGGCACGUACCUCGGUUGGUCGAGGUGUGUGCAGGAGGCAGCCGAUCAAUGUGCCUCUCUCACAUCGAUGUUUCUGUGUCUUCUCUUUCCCUUCCACUCUCUGAAAAUCAAUGAAAAAAUAUCUUUGGCUGAGCAUUAAAAAAAUAAAUAAAAACUUUAAAAAAUGUUAUGGGAAAUUUAAAGAAAAUAACUUGAUUUCUACAGGAAAGAAAACUUCCAAAUCACUUAUUUGGUGGCAAUUAAAGGCUGCAAAUAUAGAAAUUGUUAAAUACGGACUGUGUAGGAUACUUUGAGAGCCCCAAAGCAAAUCUAUAAUUAUGGUUCCUGUCCCUUUUACCCUGCUCUUACUCCAUACUUGCUGAUGCUCCUGUGCCCCCCAGGAAGUAAACUAUUAAAUUCUUAGUCUUAAUUCACAAGGACUACAAUAUUAUGACUACAUGUUAGUAUUAUAACAUGACUAGUGGAUAAUGGUUUGACUAGUUAUAGUCAUAGCUUUAAUUUCCUUUACAUGAAUUCCUGACCAAAAAAACCCCAGAAAUCAAGAAAUGAAUUUUAAUACUGGACAUUUUUUCAGUCAAGUUCUGGGAAAAUUAUCUUUCUGGAUAUUCCUAUCAACACAUUCUCAGGUGCCCCUUUUCCCUCAUGCUUGUGGUAUUUCUAGUGGGCUAACUACACUCCAGCACUAACACCCCAACCUAGUCCUCAUGUCAUGUGUUUACCUUGUCUAAAUUCCUCUUUCAUUACUCUCCCAGCACAUAGAACAGUUAUUGGAAAAAUAGAUUUGCUUAAAUUCUUUGGAACAAAGCCUACAUUUUUUUUUCUUAAGUACUUUUAAAUUUAUUUUUAAUGAAUUAAUUCCAGUGGAAAUAAUUUCAAUUGAUGCAGAAUUUAAAAUGGUUCUAUGUUUCCCAGCAACAAUCACACUAAUCUAGGCUAAUGGGAGGAUAGGAGAGGGAGAAGGCACAGUUUAAACAGAAUUGAACUUUAAGAUACAGUACAGUGAAAAAGUGUGUCUUUUAAAAGUGUUACAGAGGGGAGGUCCAUGGUAGUUAAGAGGAAUCAUAAUGUGUAUAAAUGGAAGCUCCAAACCUUUUAAAAGAUGUUUAUCUAAAAAAAAAAAAAGAUGUUUAUCUCAUUGAUUUGGACUAGCUAAGACUAAAGCAUUUGUGCAAUUCCUGUAUAAUUUCCAAACUAAAGUAGUAGGGUCUUAAAGUAAUGAGGUUUUUACUAUAGUUACCUAAUUAUAGGUGAUAUAAUUGUGCGGUUGUACCAAUUAUCCCUUAAAAAAUAGGAAACCCUUUGUUUUUAAAUGUUUUAAAUCUUUAUUUUUUUUAAAUUUUUAAAUAUAUUUUUAUUGAUUUCAGAGAGGAAGGGAGAAGGAGAGAGAGUUAGAAACAUCAAUGAUGAGAGAGAAUCACUGAUCAGCUGCCUCCUACAUGCCCCCCACUGGGGAUCGAGCUCGCAACCCAGGCAUGUGCCCCUGGCUGGAAUCGAACCUGGGGCCCUUCAGUCCGCAGGCUGAUGCUCCAUCCACCGAGCCAAGCCAGCUAGGGCAAAUGUUUUAAUUCUUGAUUGACAGAAAACAUGAAGGAUAUUUGCCUCCUGACUUCAACUUAUCUAUGGGGAAAACCAUUUAAAACAGAACACUUGCUGACUCUCUAGGGCACUCUUUAUUGAGCAAUUCAAGGAUUGGAGAAAUUACCAAUUUUUUUUAUUUUUUUUUUUGGUAAACCUAUUUUUGUUUAAAGAGAGUAAUUACAUCUGAAAAACAUGUAUCAUUCAGGUAAUACUUUCACAGCCAUUACUCAUUUCUUAAACCUGAGGUAAACUCUCUAAAGUCUAAUUAGAAGAAACCAUACACAUUUCUUACCCCAUUCCAUCAACUUCUUUGUCCCUUUUCUGUCUCAAGCACCUAUGCAGAUAGGAACUUUCCUUAAUUUUCUUUGGAAGCUUAAACUAUUUGGAAGUUUACCCCAGCACUACCAGAUCAUGCUCUCUGUGCACUGGCGUUUCAAGGCCCCUAACACAUAUUCUUUUAUCCUUUUCUAAACAUUUAGGGGAAACUUCAUUAUUUUUAUUGAUUGAUUUUAGAGAAAGAGGGAGGGGAGGAGGACAGAGACAUCAAUUUGUUGUUCCACUUACAUUGGUUCUUCUUUUUUUUAUUUUUAAAAUAUAUUUUUAUUGAUUUCAGAGAGGAAGGGCGAGAAACAUCCAAGAUCAGAGAGAAUCAUUCAUUGAUUGGUGCCCCCUCCACCUCCCGCCCCUUACUGGGUAUUGAGCCCACAGCCCGCCCUGACCCGGAAUCCAACCGGGACCUCCUAGUUCCUAGGUCCACGCUCAACCACCAGGACACACAGGCCAGGGGUUGAUUCCUGUUAUGUGUCGUGAUCGGGCUCGACCUGUCACCUUGGAGUAGAGGGAUGACGCUCUAACCGACUGAGCAAUCCGGCCAUGGCUUUUAGGGAAAACUUUAAAACCAGAAGUCGCUUCGCUCCCCCAGCCCAUUUGCAGCCUUGCUGUAUACAAGACUUAGCUACAUUCCCAAACGCGCACUGUCUGGGCAGCUCACGUCCCAACUGUGGGCAUAGCCCUGCGGCUAAAGGCGGAAAAUGCAGUCCUUUCUUGUGACACGGUUUGCAAAAAGAAACAAAUCUUUUCUGACAUAUUCACCGCUUCCCACUCUAGCCGGUCAAGUCUGGAACAAUCCCGUCCCCGGGGUUAAGAAGACAUUGCGCAUUUCCGUGUAGAGGCGGGGGCGAAGAAGACCGGAAGGAAACCGCUUCCUUUUUUUUUGCGCAAGCGCACGAAGGCUUCCCCCCAUUGGUCACUUCGACUCGGAAGUAGGUGGCUCCCUCUGCGCAUGCGCUCAGCGUCCGGCCGGCUGUUUUAGCGAUUGACGCGGCGGUGAUGCCGUUUGUAUCUGCAGAACGCAGUCGGCAGGCCGGACCUCGAAUAACGGCGAAUACGCAGGUUUUCUCUUAGCUUCUGAAAUCUGUCUAAAGCGGUGCUGCCUUCAUGCUAAAGUACCUAAACUCUGCCAUACUGUGAGGGUUCUCAGUGUUCUCAAACCUGUCGAACUGGGGGAGGGGCCGUGAAAAAUAGUUUGUAUAGAGAUUUCCCUGCGCCCUGCCCCGCCCCGUUCACAAAAUACCCAACAUUAAUACCUUACUUGCUGACUGCGCAUGGGACUUUUUAAUAAUAUUUCUCAAGUAUUUGUUUACAGAAGGAAGCAAGGAGAAACUGAAGCGGUGCAAGCCAUGUGUAUAUGGUAAUUUAAAGAUGAUCCAGAAAUUAUCAUUCAAGACCGUUUAUUUUUUAGUCUAAUAAUCUAAUGUUUUAAUCUUCAUUUUGCUGGGCAGAAAAUCAGAAUACUGGGCUGCCUGGUUCUGGGCCGGACGCUGAGCCAACCUAGUGAUUUCGAAGCCAUGGCAACAAAGGAAUCAGAUGCCAAAGCAGAGUCGGCCCUCACCUCAUCAGCCAAUCGGAGCGAACAAGCGUAUGAAAAACCAAACUAUGCUCUCAGAUGUACUCUUGUGGGGCAUAUGGAAGCAGUAUCAUCAGUGAAGUUUAGUCCUAAUGGCGAGUGGCUAGCAAGUUCUUCUGCUGACAAAGUAAUUAUAAUUUGGGGAGCCUAUGAUGGAAAAAAGGAGAAAAUUCUUCAUGGUCACAGUCUGGAAAUAUCAGAUGUUGACUGGUCAUCAGAUUCCAGUCGUCUUGUUUCUGCCUCAGAUGAUAAAACUCUCAAGAUUUGGGAUGUGAGAUCAGGAAAAUGUUUGAAAACGCUGAAGGGGCACAGUAAUUAUGUGUUUUGCUGUAAUUUCAAUCCACCAUCCAACCUCAUAAUCUCAGGAUCUUUUGAUGAGAGUGUGAAAAUAUGGGAGGUGAAAACAGGCAAGUGCCUCAAGACUUUGUCUGCUCAUUCUGACCCAGUUUCUGCUGUUCAUUUUAGUUGUAAUGGGUCCUUGAUAGCGUCAGGUAGUUACGAUGGCAUCUGUAGAAUCUGGGAUGCUGCAUCAGGUCAGUGUUUAAAAACACUUAUUGAUGAUGAUAACCCUCCCGUCUCUUUUGUAAAAUUUUCUCCAAAUGGUAAAUACAUUCUCAUUGCAACUUUGGAUAAUACUCUUAAACUAUGGGAUUAUAGCAGAGGCAGAUGCCUGAAGACAUACACUGGUCAUAAAAAUGAGAGAUACUGCAUAUUUGCCAGUUUUUCAGUUACUGGUGGGAAGUGGAUUGUGUCUGGUUCAGAGGAUAACCUAGUUUACAUUUGGAACCUUCAGACUAAAGAGAUUGUACAGAAAUUACAAGGUCACACAGACGUCGUCAUCUCAGCAGCUUGUCAUCCUACAGAAAACAUCAUUGCAUCAGCAGCGUUAGGAAAUGACAAAACAAUUAAACUGUGGAUAAGUAACUACUAAACCCUUUAGAAAUCAAGUAGUAGAGCCAAGUUGGCAAAAAGUUGUAUAUUUUAAAAGAUGAUUUCUCUUAAUUUUGGCAUGGUUUUGUAUUUCUUAACAUUGUCUUGAAUUAUAUAAGAUUUUAAGACAUACAACCUACAUUUUCAAAGCAAGACAGUUGGAAUAGCAAGUCUAGAACCCAGGGCUUCUGACUCUUAAUCUUGAAGUUUAUUAAUCUCUUGUGUCUGUCAUUGAAUAGAUUUCCAUUCUAUUCUCAAUGACUAUUUAAAGGAUUGGUAUAUUUGAGGAAUAUUUAGAAGAUUCACAAGACAGAAUGAUUAAUUAAAUGAGGAGAGCAAAGGAGUCUGGAAUAACUCCAAGGUUUUUGGUUUGGGAGAUCAGAUGAAUAAGAGCCUUAGGCCUGGGAUGGUGGUGGAUUAGAGAUGUGUGUCAGGCACCACUCACACUAAGUGCAAUUCCUGUAUAGUGAUAGCCUACCAAAUGGGACAUGAAAUAGUCUAUGGAAUCAAGUCUUUAAUUGGGAAAAAUAAGUCAUGGUUAGGUUUGUUCUGAGAGUGUAAAACAUUAUAAAUGGCAUUUUUCUGAAUUACCCCUAGAUGGCUUGUCAGGUUGUGCCCUCAUGAUUUUGAAACAAGCUAAAUGUUGGAGUGGUGAGGCUGCUCUCUUUCAUUAUGUGACUGACUCACUAGUUCCUAUCCAUGCUUCAAACUUAGUUCAGAAAUCAGUAUUUUGUGGAGCCAUCACUGCCUGCCUGACUCCAACCACAGUUGGCAGCUGAGUUAGAUUUUAUUGCUAUUUCUUUUUUUUUUUAAAAGAAAGCAUUUUUAUU